AUGAAGAGAGAGGGGAAGGAGGCGGCGGGGGCGGAAGCGGUAGCUCCUGACGGACGGACGACGGCGGCAACUCCUGACGGAUGGACGGCGGAUCGGCGGAGGAGUGGAGAGAAGGAGAGGAGAGGAUUUGAGAAUGAGAAAUGGGGGAGAAUGGGGGAAAAUCGCGUCUGUAUUGCGGGAGUACUCCACCUGGAGAGACUCCUGCCAGAGAAUCAUGCCACGACGAUUGACACAUUAGUGGCUAGAGACCGGGCUAGACAUGCUCGGAUUCUGCGAACAACCACUAGUGGACUCGUCAAUUUUCCACUCAACAGCUCGUUCGACCUCAAUAAUAUCGGCAUAUAUUAUACAAAAGUGAAAGUGGGAUCACCUCCCAGAGAAUAUAAUCUAUUGAUUGAUACCGGGAGUGAGAUCUCAUGGAUUGCAUGCAGUUCUUGUGACACUUGUCCUCGGACCAGUGAACUUGGGGUCAAGCUGAACUUUUAUGAUAGUGGCAACUCAACAACUGCCACUUCCAUUUCUUGUUCAACCCGUGGGUGCGAAUGUACUAGGACAAACCGAUGUGGUUUUACCCUGAGUUACAUGGACGGAAGUAGUACAAUAGGCUAUCUUGUGUCCGAUGUUUGGCAUCUGGACACAUUUUUAAGCACUUCGUCAACCUCUAGCUCUUCAGCACCAAUCAUUUUUGGGUGCAGUACCACUCAACUUGGUAGUCUGGUCCUGUCAGACAACGCAAUUGAUGGAAUUCUCGGGUUUGAUCGACGUAGUCUUUCAAUAAUAUCUCAGCUUUCUUCACGUGGAAUUUCUGGCAAAGUAUUCUCGCAUUGCUUGAAAGGAGAGAGCGACAAUGCAGGAGGAGGUAUUCUAGUUCUCGGUGAAAUUCAGAAUCCGAGCAUGGUCUAUACUCCGCUAGUUCCAUCAACGGAGCAUUACAAUGUGGAUUUGCAGAGCAUAGCUGUGAAUGGAAAACUUUUGCAUAUAGAUCCAGCAAUAUUUGCAACCUCAGAAGAUCGAGGAACUAUUUUUGAUUCUGGAACCACUCUGACUUAUCUUGUCGCAGAGGCCUACGACUCUGUUAUUAGUGCGAUAAAUGUUGCUAUUUCAUCUUCUGUCGAGUCAAUCAUGUCAGGAAUGACUCCAUGCUAUCUAAUAUCUUCCAGCUCCCCAAAUAAUGUAACAGAGAUCUUUCCUCGAGUUACACUAAAUUUUGCUGGUGGUGUAUCCAUGGAGUUAAGACCAACAGAUUACCUCAGUUUUACAGGCGCUUUUAAAAAUACUUCUCAGUGGUGCGUUCUCUUGAUAAAAAAAGCUCUGAGCCUGACAAUUUUGGGAGAUAUUGCUCUUAGAGAUAAGAGCAUUGUAUAUGAUUUGGCUCACCAGAGAAUUGGUUAG